GUGCUUUCCAUUCGCACCUCGGUAGUUAGUUGUGUCGGAAUCGCUUUCCUCGCCUCGAUAUCUACGCGCGAACAGCGAACGCCUGCUAACACGGAGCCAUUCAUUUUUCUGUCGUCAGCGCCAGCAUCACUUAUUUGUUCGAUCGUUGAAAACACCCUCAUGUGAAGCAGAGAAAAAAAUACAGUGAAGGAAACCGUUUUCACGCUGCUGUUUUUGGUUGCAGUGCGCACGAGGAAGCUAGUUCGUGCUCUUCGUUUUCCUUUGUGUGCUUGUGUGUGUGUGUGUGUGUGUGUGUCUGUAUGCUGGUGCGCGGAUCUCGGUUUGAAUUUCUUUUUUUUUACUGGAACACGUCGAAGCAAUAAUCGGCUCUUCAGCAAAAACAAGGAAAUAACAAACAAACAAAUAAACAUUAGGCGGCGGGCCACGAUCUAACAGACCGUCGUUGUUGGGACACUACCUCCUGCCUUUGUUCUGCCUAUUCGACCUUUUUUUUUAAAGCUUUAAACCCUUUUCCUCCACGUUGUGGAAUAGCGCACCUUCGUCUGCAUCGUUCCCCCCAAAGCAGCUGUCAGCGGUUGCAUCCACCCCUUCCCGUUACUCAUUUCUUUUUACACCUGUGCACUUUUUUCUUGCUCUCAACCAUCUUUCCUUUUUUUUGUUUUAAAGAACUACGUGUUGAAUUCCUUUUCUUUUUUGUUACCUCGCUUCCUCAGCAACGCCAACAAACACACCUUCACGCCAACAGCAGUAAAGCGAAGAUGGAGGAGAACAGCUGGAUCACGGAGGCGCUCGUCCAGUUUUCGGAGUCGCCGCUGUGGAAGACGCCCGUGGAGAACUUCAUCGACGACAACUGCUGCAUUUUCAGCGUCGACUCCGAGAUGAAGUUGGAGUACACCGUCGUCCACAACAAGUUCAGGGAGCUCGUCGACAGCCUCCUCACCAGCUGUGUGGUGGAGCUCGGCGUACCGAUGGAGACGGCGGUGGAGGCGUUGCGCGCAACUCUGCACGAACACGGCAGCGAUUCCGACACCCGCACGCAGCGCCGCGCCGCCAAGAAGAUGCUCAUGCAGGUCUUCAACGCCGACAACUUCUCCUCUUUUUACACGAUGAUGGUGAAGCGAAACCUGGAGCUGGACAUUCUGGCGAGCGCUUCGUUGACAGCGCGCGGGGUGAAUCUGGGCGAUGGUGCGAUGACCACCUCGGCGGAGCUGCAGGAUGAAAGUGAGGUGAUGCCGGCCCGUGCGCAGCGCGCGAUCGACGCGAACGGCGACGUGGGCGAAGACGAGGCGCUGCGUCGCGCCCUUGCAGCUUCCUUGCAGGACCCGAAUUCGCAAGAGCAGAUGCGCGCCUACAGCGAGGUGUGUGCGCAGGAGAGCGUGAACUUGCAGGUGGAAGAUGCGGAGCGCGAUGCGCAGCAGCAGAAGAUCCAGCUGGAGGAGGCUCUACGCGGCCGUGCGAGGACGCCAGAGGUGGAGCAGUUCCGCAAAGAGCGUCUGCAACUCAUCGAAGAGCAGAAGAACUCACAGAUUGUGCAGAUCCAGAACCACACCCUGACCGGCGCGAACCAGAGUUCCUACAACGAUAACCGGUGCCUUACCGCUGAGUUCAGCUCCCCUGCGAUUCCCGAGGCGGUGCCUCCACCGGCGCCGUCGCCGAAUAGAGCGAAGAAUGCGGCGCCAACCGUUGCGCCGGUUGCUUCGGUGCCUGCUCAACCACCUGCACCGACGGUACCUCCGCCGAGCACUGCCCUCCCUCCUAUUGGCCAUCAGCAGGGGGCGCUUCCCUCCAUCGCACGGAAAGCGGCCGCAGCUUCGCCGACCGGCUCUGCGGGUUCCGUGGCGCCGUCCACCACUGCCCCCGCCGCGAUGAACGCGGCUGCACCGCCUGCUGCGGCGACCGGGCCGAACAAGAAAGAGCUCGACCGACGUGCACAAUACAUGCGGGAUCAGCGAGAGAUGAUUCUGGCACGCAACCGCGCCUCCCGUCAACAGCAGCUGAACUCCUACGUCCAGCACACGCAACCGUCCGCCGAUGCGUCGUCCGGUGCUGCGGCUGCAACGGGGGCGCAGAAGAAUGUGACGGUGGAGAUCGCACGACGGCUGCGCGGUGACCUCGUCGGUGAGGGCCGUAAGAGCGCGAACUGA